UUUAGAGUUCCCCGUAAGAAACCGCUGAACAAGAAUAAAUUUCGCCAUGACUCUCAAAUUCAACGAGGCCAUUUCAAUUGUGGCAGAAAAAAUAUUAGAAACUCCAAAACCCAAGUUCCAGACAUAUUCCCAGGAUGCAGCCGAAAUAUCCGCUAAAAUGGAUCAAGAACUAAUCAAGAUUAAUUCUAUUUUCAAGGGGACAGUGAGCAACUGGGAUGAGACACUUCAGUUCUACAAAGCCGAAUUGCCAAAAUUAAAUUUUCAGUUUCUUCGGCUUAAGAUGCCAUUUACAGUAGAGCCCCAACGUGUACUUGUUUUCAGUACUGACAAGGUCCAGCCAGUUAAUCUCAAGACAUCUGUAAACCAUCCAGCAGUUGAGAACGGAUAUCUAAACGGGGAAAAGCUGACUCAGCUUUUUAUCUGGGAUUUAAAUAGAGUGAUCGACAGAAUUUCAAAGAUCACUUGCAGCAGUGGAAAAAUCUACAAGCUCGACGUCGACAAUAUGAUUACGCCUGGCGGAGUGCUUAUAAAUAUAUCAGCAAAGGAAAAUGCGUAUGAGGAAUAUCCUUCAAUUUGUUAUGAAUUUUUAAUUUCAUAUAUAUUUCCAAACCAAUCUUUUUGCUACACAUUUUCUUCAAACUUCUUCCAACAAAUUUCUGCCGCUGCCGAAGUAGACUUUAAGGAGAUAGCGAAAGUGGUGAAUAUUGUUAAAGUAUUGCUACACACUCUUGUAAAUCAAUAUACAAAGAUAUCACCAUACGGUCUGCUAAAGGUAUAUAAUUCCAUGAAAAUAGAAUCUGAAAUUGGAUCCCAAUUGCUUGAGGCUAUACCACUUUGCAUUCCACAUCUACAAAACUCCGGACCCCUUAUAAGUGCUUACGGCAAGUUGUUGCAGUUGAAGCAAUCAGACUCCGUGCAACUAACAGAACUCAAGGAAAUUUUUGGACUAAAAUAAUGACCCAAUUGGUAUUAGAUAGACAGUUUUGUAUAACAUAAGGUCCACGGAUUAAGUUUGUGAAGUUUAAGCGACUUGAAGGAGGUAUAUAUCCACAUCGAAACAGUCAUUCUUAUGAUUCUUAUUUUGAUCUAUUAAUGAUGAGGGUAAUAAGGUUAAGACACAGAUAACCAUGAAAAUGGCCCUAAUUUUUGUUUUCCCAAAAAUAUUAAUUUAUGUUAAUUUUCCAUGUACGAAAUUUGAAUAAAAUGUUUUAAUUA